UAUUAGAUAGCGGUUGGCGACUAAAAGCUGAAUAGAGAUUUCAUACAUACUACUACUACAGUUUGAAGCAGAAUCAAUCAAUAAUGGCGAUUCCUCUUGGAAUGUCCUCAACCUUCUUAUUCAGAGUCGAUGCCACGAUGAUGACGAAGACGACGACGUCGUUUCCGUCUUCUUCUCCGUCGCUGCUGCGGCGGCGCUCCUUCUCCGUCGCUGCAACGGCGACGACGGAGAAAACAACAGCGAAGCGAGAGCCAAGAGGAAUCAUGAAGCCACGGAGAGUGUCUCCAGAAAUGCAGGAUUUCCUCGGCGGAGUACCUGAAAUCGCUAGAACUCAAGUGCUAAAGGAGAUUUGGGCUUACAUCAAACACCAUAAUCUUCAGGAUCCAGAGAAUAAGAAGAUUAUAAUAUGUGAUGAUAACCUCAAGAAGAUAUUCAGUGACAAGGAACAGGUAGGGUUUCUAGAGAUUGCAAAGCUCAUUGGUCCACACUUUCUGUAGAUUUCUGUAUUUCCCUAUCAAAUUAAACAUUAAAUGUAUAAUUCAUAUUCAAGUUCAGGAUUUAGUUUGAUUCAACUUAUUGGUUUAGUUAUGUUUUAUA